CAUGCGACUAAAUGAACUAUGCACUUGUUCAGCACAUAGCUGAUGGGACUGACUCACAUGAGGGCAAAAUAACAGCACGCCCAUAUUAUUUAGAUUAAUUCAUUAACUCUAUCUAUUAAACGUAAACGAUGCAUCGUGUUUUCUGCUCGCGGUGGGUUUUAUCCGGGCUGUCACUGACAGCUGGCAUAGGCAUCGGCGUCACCUUGACAGCAGCCAGCGCUGAUCUCCGAAAUAAAAGCCGGGACACGAGCCACAGCCGGGGACUGCUGGACCGCGUGCCGGUCAUCCCGAUACCGAGCGUCGAAGCAGCGUCAGAGAUCAGCGCAUACCAGCCAGGACAGGUCGCUGUAAACAAAUCUACAGCUGUGAUGAAAUACGGUUUCCCUUCACUGUCCAACGUCAAGAGCAGAGAGUCUUACGUAACCUCAUACGACCCCAGAAACAGGACAGCAGCGUGGGUCAUAGAGCAGCUCAACUCGGAGACAUUAACCGGGACAUCGGACAGGAAGUUCUGCGAUUUUAAAGAGGACGACUCUGUUCAUGUUUACCAUAGAUCGACCAAUGCGGAUUACCGGGGCAGUGGGUUUGACAGGGGUCACCUGGCGGCAGCAGCCAAUCACAAGUGGAGCCAGAAAGCCAUGGAUGACACCUUCUACCUGAGCAACGUGUCGCCACAGAAUCCUCAUUUAAACCAAAAUGCAUGGAAUAACUUGGAGAAAUAUUGUCGCUCUCUCACCAAGCAUUACCAGAAUGUGUUUGUGUGCACUGGACCACUCUACUUGCCCCGACAGGAACCUGAUGGGAAAAUGUACGUGAAGUAUCAGGUUUUGGGAAAGAAUCAUGUUGCCGUGCCUACUCACUUCUUUAAGGUGGUGAUUCUGGAAAAGCCGAGAGGAGACGUGGAGCUGCGGUCCUAUGUGAUGCCCAAUAUGCCAGUUGAUGAGAAGAUCCCACUGGAACGCUUCCUGGUCCCCAUUGAGAGCAUCGAGAGAGCGUCCGGACUGCUGUUCGUACCGAACAUCAUGAAGAGGACCAGUGGUCUGAAAGCCAUCACUGCAGGCCCGUGAUGAGUUUACAGAGAUUACUAUGGACAAGGGGGAAUGGAACAUAAUAAAUCCCUCAAAAUGCUUUAUUAGGCCACUGUCAAAUUUCAUUUGUCCGGUUUCACAGACGAGGCUUAAGUUAGUCCCUCACUAAAACGCAUGUUUGAGGUGCUUUCACUGAAAACAAAUUGCAGACUUAUCUUAAAAUAUGUCAGUGGGAUUGUUUUGUCUCAAGAUGUACAUCAGUAAUGUUUUUUUCUAAGGCACGUUUAUAAAAACUACUUAAAUGUCCUAAUUUAACGGCCUAAUCCUGGUUGAAUCUAAGCCCUGUCUGUGAAACCAGACCAAAAAGCUACUGAGGACAUUAUUUAAUUUUCAAGAUAUGAGGAAAAACUACUGAGACAGAUUAGAUCACUCACUGACACUCAUAUCAUUGUCUAAUGCUGUAUUGGAGAUCUUGUACCUGUACCUUUUUUAUGUCAGACAAAAACAGGGUUUUUAAAAUGAAAAAUUAAUCCAGCCAAAACUUUGUGUGAAGUUAGAUUUUAAAGUAAACUGUGAAAAAGUUGUUAACUUCAUAGUUCUAGAAAAUUAUUUAUUUCUCCUAUCGAUUUACAUUGAUAAAAAACCUUCAGGAAGAGUUCAAAAUGUAACCGACAGUGUCGACGUCAUGCCAAUCAAUGGUCUUUCUUACAUGUACCUGCAUAAUGAAUUGUGACUGGCCAUUAAUUGUUUGGUUUGCAUAUUAUUUAAUAUUUAAAAAGACUGUCAACUUAAA